ACAUUUCCAGCCACGUUAACCUAAUAUUUUCAACAUUCCCAGGCACCGACUAGCGCGACGAGUUUAUCUUGUAGCAAAUCACAAGAAACCGCGAUAAAUAUGCCCGCAAAUCGGUGUAAACCAUACAAAAAUCGCUCGAAAUAAUGUCCGAAACGCACGUACUCACGUCGCGGCGAUAGCUGACGUCACACUCAGUUUCGGUAACGUAACGGAUUCCUCAUUCUUGAAACACGUUUCAAGUUUUAACAUUCCUAUGAAAAUCGGAAUGCAAUUUAUUAACUAUCAACAAAAUUAAAACAAUAAAAAUUAAAUCUGUGAAGAAAACACAUCAAAAUGAAGAAUUUGACGAGUUUAUUAUCACUUUUGAUAGUUUUAUUUGUUUGCUGUACAAAAAGUGAAGCACAUUUGCUUGAAUCAAUCUACUGUGGCAAACAAAACUGCUAUGAUGUGCUAGGAGUGGACAGAGAUGCUAAUAAAUCAACCAUAGCGAAGACUUAUCGUAAGUUAGCACGACAAUACCACCCGGAUUUACAUCGAGACCCAGAAGCAAAGAUAAAAGCAGAGGAACAAUUCAAAAUCGUAGCAACAGCAUAUGAAAUAUUAAAAGAUGACGAAUCUCGCACAGAUUAUGAUUAUAUGUUGGAUAAUCCAGAUGCAUAUUACGCACAUUAUUACCGGUAUUAUCGACAUCGUAUGGCACCAAAAGUCGACGUGCGAAUCGUCAUCUUUGUCACAAUAAGCAUCAUUUCAAUAAUUCAGUACUUCAGCGCUAAACAACGCUAUGAAUUCGCGAUAAAAUACUUCAUGACUGUGCCAAAGUAUCGCAAUCGUGCGAUGGACAUCGCGAAAGAAGAAAAUCUCCUGCCGAAUGAUAAAAAAUCACGAAAAUCCAAACAAGAGCAAAAGGAAGAAAUCGAGCGGAUUGUCCAGAAGAUAAUCGAAGAAAAAAUGGAUAUUAAAGGUUCCUAUGCAAAACCAACGAUAUUCAACAUUCUCUGGAUACAAUUAUUAAUAUCACCCUACACGAUAACAAAAAAUCUAAUCUGGUAUAUUAAAUUUUGUCGAAAACACUUCCUGUCGAAAGAUCCGGACUACACCGAAGAGGAAAAGUAUUAUUUGAUACGAACAUACCUCAAAGUAGGCGUGCAUGAGUUCGAAUUAAUCGAAGAAGAGAUCCGCGAGGGUUAUUUAGAGAAGAAAUUGUGGAUUCGUGAGAAGUUUGAUGCGUGGAAGGUGAUUGAAGAUGAGAAUCGUAAGGUGAAGCUGGCGGAGAACAAUAAGUACAAGCAAUAUCGUCGGUAUAUCAAGAAAAGUGGCGUGCCACGCAUGACAUUCGACGAUUCUUAAUGUUGAUUAAUGUUUAAGAUACUAAGAGUAGAUUUUAUACAAGAUGUGCUGUUUUCCGUCUCUACUAAUAAUUUUAAUCUAUUAUUAAGUAUUUUUUUCUUGAAACGAAUGUAAUAUAAAUAUAAACGUAAGAGAUACUGUGCAACUGGAAAUGAAAUGAAUUCUUAUUAAAUGUGUAGAUUAUAUUUGUAAAAUUGUAAUAUAUUUGAUGGAAAAUGA